GGCAAUUCCUCUGCCGGGGUGACGAUGCCUGUUGCAUUCUCGCUGUGCGGAGCAUCUGCUCUGGAGGCUGCGAGUUUCACCUUCUGCCACGUUGCUCAUUGUGUUAUUUUCUUGCUCAGGAGGUGGCCCGGUGUCUUAUUUCUGCAUCAUGUUCUGAAGACAGAGUUGCUGGCUGCUUCCUGAGCCUCCAGACGGCAUCUAUCUCUGAGCUGAAUCCGAUGCUCAGAAAGUGAGCUCUCUCCAGCUGCAAAGAUGGUAAUAAAUGUCUGUCUCCCACAGUUCAAGCCACGAAUUCACUGCAACAAGGUAAAAUGCCCGGCGUGCCAGUCCUGGGCUCUGGCCGGUCAGCCCGUGUCAGACAAAGACGCGUUCACGCUGGUGGGCAAAGCUGUCCUAAAAAAUCAAAGCAAAGUGACGUUCGGCCACAGAGGCUUCAAGCCAAGGCCUCCCUUCCACCAGAUGGAAAACGUCCUCUCCUAUCCCGGCUCCGCAUCCCAAGACCUGUGGGACAAAGGGCCCGCCUCGCUCAGCAACGUGUCACACUUAAAGCUCUGCAUCACGCACGUGGCGGGUGGCGGGCUGCCCUGCGUCAGGCGCCUGGAGGUGUGGGGGCAGCCGGCCAAGUCGUGCCCGCCAGAGGUGGUCGAGGGCGUCUUCCAGGUGGCCUCGCAGUGCUGGGCCCAGGCGGCGGGCGCCCUCCCGCCGUGGGCGCCCAUGGAGAGCGACUGCGCGCCCCUCGGCACCGGCGAGAGCGAGCAGCAGGCGCUGCGCAAGCUCGUCGACGUCGUCCAGGACGUCCCCGAGGAAUUCCUGGACCCCAUCACUCUGGAGAUCAUGACCUUGCCCAUGCUCCUGCCCUCGGGGAAGGUGAUCGACCAGAGCACCCUGGAGAAGUGCAACCGCAGCGAGGCCUCCUGGGGCCGGGUCCCCAGCGAUCCCUUCACGGGGGUGGCCUUCAGCCAGCACUCGCAGCCCCUACCUCACCCCACGCUCAAGGCCAGGAUUGACCAUUUCCUACUGCAGCACAGCAUCCCAGGCACCAACCUGCUCGGCCGGGCCCGCGCCGCCGACACGCUCGCCCCCUCCUCCCUGACCAUGUCUUCUCUGAAGAGGAAGGUGGACUCGAUGGAUCAAAGCUCUGCGCAGCCGCCCUGUUUUUCUGCUACAAACUUUCUUGUCAUGUCUACCUCAGAGAACAGUGCAAAAAAAAUGAAAACGGACACUGACUCGCACUUGACCCAAAUGGACUGUUCAACAGAUCUGGUCUCCCACGAGCAAAGACUCUCCGAAAGUUUGGACACAGCCUUGACCUCGGCGCUCAGCUCGAUGCCGUCGUUCACGGCGAGGCUGAUGCGGGGCCAGCAGCAGAGCGAGGGUGGCUGCAGCAGCUCGUGGGGCAGCGUCCCGGAGCACGGCAGGAGCGGCCAGGCGCCGGGAUGCGCCUCCUGCGGCAAGACUUUCUCCUCGUACUUCAAAGAGGAGCCCGUCUACCAGCUGCCCUGCGGCCACCUCCUGUGCCGGCCCUGCCUGGCCGAGAAGCAGAAGUCCCUCUCGAUACUGUGUGGGAAUUGCAAGAGGUCAGUGGCCACCCACGACGUGCAGAGGGUUCACUUCCCUGCCGGGCCGGCGGAGGAGCUCGGGCGCCUUGUGCUUAUGGAGUAG